GUGCAGCAAAACAAUAGGACUUCUAUGCACCACGCCUACCUCACGCCAUUUCUAACUCUAAGAGCAUCGCCUCGCCUCUCGUCUCUGCAAGUCCUGACCAUACACUGACACAGGCAGCACUGAAGUAGACACAGUGGCCAAUUUAUGAGUGGCGGUAAACUAUGACGCGGUGAAAAACGAGUUCACAGCGUAAACUCUAAGCAGCAAAAUCGCGCAAGCCAUGGCAUCGGACAGCGGGGCCUUUGACUGGUGCUCCUUCUUUGCUCUUUUCUGGAAUGACAAGGGAUUUAAGUGCAAGAUAAACAUUCCUGAUACUGUCCUGUUUCGAUAUGGGCAGCUAUCCGCGUGGUGGGCCACGAACAAGGAGGGCUACGUGCAGCGGCAUGCCAGUCACAACACAUCCUUGGAAGCCAUCCGCCGUCGGUUUAUUCAGGUCGCUGAGUGCGACGAAGCAAACUACAGCAAAUAUGUAUGCGUGGUACGCUCAGGGGAUGGGCAGCCGCAGCUGCUGCGGCUGCAGGCGUUCAAUCAAAUGACGGAGCUGCUGUCGGACCGGAUUGAGGCGGGCCACACCUCGAUCGCGCCCGACGUGGAGACGCCGCAGGUCCUGCAGGCGUUCGUGCAGCCGCACAAUGACCUGCGCUACGUGACCACCUACAUCGGCGGCGGCGCCAACAACGUCACCUGCCACACCUUCCAGCGCAAGUACAGCCGCCGCUACGUGGCGCAGGGCUCACCGCUGCCGCCCGGCGCUGAGGACGCCUUCACCGCUGACUCGUCGCUGGCGUUUGGCUCCUCGCUGGCGGCGCAGGACGAGACUCCGGACCCUGUGACGGGGCAGGGUGCGGUGGACCCCACGCUCAAGAUGGAGUUCCGCAAGCUCACCUCGCACCUGGUCAAGUACAUUGAGAAGGCGCACCACCUUACACUGGCCGGCAUUGUGGUGGAGUGGAUCCGGGACGCCAACGGCAAGAUCUUCCUGCUGUCAGUGCUGCGUACGGAGUGGGCCACCAAUGCCGGCGGCCACGGCGCGGGCAGCCUGUCCGCCGCCAACCUGACGGAGGAGCCGCGCGAGGUGGAGGACCCCAGCGAGGGCGCCCGCGCCCGCGCCGCUGAGGCGCUGCUGGCCUCCAUCCCCGGCGCCGGCGAGCUGCCCAACCCGCCCGCGCCGCCGCCACUGAGCGACGGCUGGUCGCACACGCUGCCGGAGAACCAGCAGCAGUACCAAACUCCAUACCAGCAGCAGUACCAGAACGCGUAUCAGCAGCAGUACCAGCAGCAGCCCAGCCCGUCGCCGUCGCCGGCUUGGGCCGGCAGCCCGGGCGGAGGUGCAGGCAGCCCACCCAUCUACGCGCCGCCGCCGCCAGGCGUGACGCUGCCGUCGCCCAACCGCACCACCAUCCUCAUGCACAACCUGCCUGGCGGCGGCAGCAGCGGCGGCGGCGGCGGCGCGCUCGGCAGUCGGCCAGGCAGCGCCUACCCCGGCUCCUCCUCGGCCGCGUACGGCAGCCCGGCCUCGCCCUCCGCUGGCGAGUACGGCGUGCGGCCGCCAGGCGUGCCGGGCGCCGGCGCCGGCACCACCAUGUCCUCGCUUGCGUCGUACCCCGGCGGCGGCCGGUCCGCCGGCAUGCCGGUCACAGUGGGCAACACCUGGCCGUCGCACCAGCACGAGGCGGCGCUGAGCUCGCCCACGGCCGGGCGCGCGGUGUACGGCGGCGGCCCCACCUCGCCCUCGGGCGGCGCUGCGGGCGGCCCGUUCCCCGGGCGGCCGCUUUCCAGCAGCCUCAGCGCCACGCAGCUGCCCAACUUCAACCCCUACGCGGCGGCACCACAGGGGAAGCACCACUCCUCCAGCGUCAGCGGCGGCCAGGCCGGCGCGCAGGGCGGCAUGGCCAGCACCUACCCCGCCCCCGGCGCCGGCCGCAUCCAGUCGGCACGGCCCGCGCCCGCCUCGCCCGCGGUGGGCGGCGGCGUGCCGGCGCUGGUGGAGCGCAGCAGCGCCGGGGCGCGGCCGCCGCGGCCCGGGUCCUCUCCCGUGGCCUUUGGCCGCAACACGGGCACCUCGCCGCUCCGCAAUUCCACGUUGAACCCCUCACCCGUGCCCGGCGUCAUUCCCCACACGGGCAUGGUGCCGGAGCGCUCGCCCAGCCCCUCGCCCUCGCCGGCGCGCUCGCGGCCACCCACCGCCAGCAGCCCCAACCCGGGCACAGGCCACGUGAACGCGGGCAGCCGCGGCGCACCGCUGAUGAUGCAGCAGCUCACGCGCGACCUGGAGUCCACACGCGACCAGCUACUGGCGCAGAACCAGCUGGCGGAGGCCAGUGCAGCCAAGGUGCGGCAGCUGGAGCGCGAGAAGGAGCUGCUGGUGGCGGCCUACGACCAGCGCACCUCCGAGCUGCACUCCUCGCUGCUGGUAGCGCGGCAGGACCUGGCGGCGGCGCGGGCCGAGGUGGAUGAGCUGCGCAAGCGCGCGCACGAGGCGGAGACGCGGAUCACGGAGCUGGAGCACCGCAACCACUCGCUGCAGCACACGCUGGACGGCGAGCGCGGCACCGUCAUGACGGCGCUGCGGGAGUGCCACGAGCGCGACGCCACAGGCAAGGAGCGUACCGACCAGCUGGAGGAGGAGGUGCUGAGGCUCACGGAGCGGCUCAAGGAGGAGUCCACGACGGUGGCGGCGUUGAAGCGGCAGCUGCUGCAGUUCUCCGACAUUGCGGAGCGCUACGCCACCACCCACCGCGAGGGCGACAUGGAGCCGGGCAUGCAGGAGGUGCUGGACCGCGUGCAGAAGCUGUUCGUGGGGCAGACCAACCCCUUCGGCGAGAGCUACUCGGUCCAGAAGGUGCUGCACCACUACCACGGCGACCUGCGCGCCGUGUUCCUCUACUACGCCCAACUGGAGAACAACUUCGCCGCCUACUGGCCGCCCGGCAUGCCCUUCCAGCAGUGGAUGCUGUUCUGCAAGGAGACGGAGACGUCCGACCCACGCGCCACCAGCCGCGUCAGCAACGUGACGCAGCCGCACAAGAUGAUGCACCCGCGCGACUGCGAGGCCGUGUUCAAGGCGUACGCCAAGCUGGACGCCAACGCCAUCAACACCUCGGCGCCGGUGCUCACCUACGAGGGCUUUCUGUCCGCGCUCAUCGACGUGGCCUUCCGCGUCAAGCGCAUGGACCAGCCGUACCUGUCAGAGGCGGUGCGCGAGUACGUGCUCACCUACGUGUCGCGCGCCUGCAAAAUGAGCCCCAGCGGGCUGCGGCGCGGCCAGAUGCGCGACGCGCUGGAGGGCACCAAGGACGGGCCGCCGCCCACGCCCGGCGGCGCCAUCGCAAGCAAGUCGGUGACCAAGCAGAAAAAGAAGGCCACCAUCGCCGUGUCCACGGGACUAAAGGAGGUGGAGCGGGUGAUCAAGACGACGACCGGCACUUCUGCGGGCGGCAGCCUGGCGGCCAGCCGCCCAAACAGCGCUCUCAGCCGCAAGGCCUCUAUGCUGCACGGCGCCAUUGAGCAGGACCUGGCUGUGGCACUCAGCUCAGGGCGUGUGCACUGAGGUGCCUGAGCCGACUGGGGCUAUGGCUGAUUGGAGGGGUGAUGAAAUGGUGACGUUGAGGAGAGCUCGUGAGAGCUCGCAGCCAGAGGGUUGGGGCACGGCCCCCGUGCUGUGUGUUCUGAUAUGGGGAAGAGGUUGUGCCGGUCGUGGGCUUGGGUAGUGUUGGAAACGGUGAGUCGGUGACAGCAUGUGAGAGUUGGAAGUUUGGUGUGGCGUAGCGUGUGGGCAUGGGUGGUGCUUCAGGGGUACGCAGGAGGUGCAAUGGUCAGCGGGUGACGUGUUGGCAGCAGUCAGGAGACAAUGUCAUUAUGCGCGCGGUUGUUGGACGUGCAUGUAUUGCCGUUUCUUAAUCAAGACUUGGGAUGCGCUGAAGAGGCGUUGACGAAGCGCGUGCACCCACGCGCGCAAUUCAUGCCAGGGCACCGCCGUAAGGCGAACUGCUGCUGGCAGGUAGAACUGGUGUGGAACGGGCCUUUGAGGGUUAGCGCCAGCAAAUAUAGUAUAUCAGUAGAUACAGGAAUGUAGACGCUAGCUGUCGUGACGGACUAAUGCGACAUAUGUAAUAGAUUGUUGUA